AUGUCAGAAGAGCCACAAAAUGACAACGAUCAACUUCAAAUGCAAGCAGUGGAAACUGAUGCAAAUUACGAAGAACGGGUACAAAAAAUAAAGUUCAACGAUGUAAUCGAUGCAAAGUAUGGCUAUGAACGCUAUACAGGAACCACUGAAAGAGAUGCAUGGCUCAUCAAUUUUCAACCUUCCGAGUUGGUAGAUGAACAAAGCAAAACGAUAAACUCCGCUGUUGAUUUUUACUUCAUUGAAGAGAGCGGCGAAAAAUUUAAGGUAGCUUUUUUCAAGUGA